CUAUGUCUAUGGUCUAUGCUGAAUAGUUUAUCAAAAAAUAUCAAACGUUUUUCUAUUUGAAAACAUUUUUUAUAAUGAAACUUUAAUUAAAUAAAUAAGUUUUAUAAUAUUUUCUUUAUUUAUGGCUGAAAAAUUAAUUGCCUAAAUUAGUAUAUAUUGACAUUACAAUUAAACUUCUUAAGAAUGGAUGGAAACCCUAUAAAUGAGGGAGUACCAUUAAUGUUGGAUUCUCAGCAACUGCGACAAAUGGAACAACAAGAAAUUCAAAAGCAGUUAGCAAGUGUUCCACCUUCAAUGAAUAUGCUUCCUCCUCAAUUGAUUGGAAUGACGCCAUCUAUGCAAAAUCCAAAUAAUUUUUCUCCUCAAAUGGAAUCUCAAAAGUCAACACUACCUAGCCUCUUAACAAUGAAAAUAACACCACCGAGUGAAAUUUCUAAUCCCAACCAACCUGAUCUAGGUGAUAAGGGUUUAGAUCCUUCGACAAUGAAAUUACCUGCUGCUCUUGAACAGGCUCUUGCUUUUAAAAAUGAACGCGCCAAAGAAGUCGGUGGAUCAGAAUUUGAUACCCACGAACAAUUAAACACCGAGAUUUCUGGAGAAACAAUUGCUUCAGAAGAUAUAACAGUUUUGGAUGAUUUAAUUAUUGAAACAGAAACUGUUUUCGAAAAGAAUGAUACUCGUUUUAAUAAGGUGAAGAAGAAGAAAAAGAAGAAAAAGAAGAAGCAUUCCAGUGAACAGAACGGAUUAGAUGAUAUUAAUAAAGAGUCAUUAACUAUUUCAAACUCAAAGGAGAAAAACAUGCCUGAGAUUGAAUAUGUUCAAGAAAUUCCAGGAAUUGAAGAUUUAGAACCAAUGUAUAGACAAUUCGCAAGAGUUUUCGAGGCUUUUAAACUUACAGAACCAGAACCUCGAAUUAAUGAAGAUAAAGGAGAACCAAUCGAGCAAUAUCCACCACUUUCGGCAACACCAAUUUCUUUAGUGCCUAGUAAAGCUCCUCUUCUUGAUGAAUUUGAUGAAGAUGUUAAUGCUCAUCAACAACAACAACAAGAUCUCGGUGAAAAUGGCACUCCAAGAUUAUCUAAAAGAAAAUUAAAAAGAUUAACGAGGCUAAGCGUUGCAGAACUUAAACAACUUGUUGGUCGUCCAGAUGUUGUCGAAAUGCAUGACGUCACUGCAAGGGAUCCAAAACUACUUGUACAGUUAAAAGCACAUAGAAACACAGUUCCUGUUCCUCGACAUUGGUGUUUUAAAAGAAAAUAUUUACAAGGUAAAAGAGGUAUUGAAAAACCGCCAUUUGAUUUACCAGAUUUUAUAAAACGGACAGGAAUUACUGAAAUGCGUGCCAGCUUACAAGAGCGCGAUGAUACAAAAACUUUAAAAGCUAAAAUGAGAGAACGAGCACGACCAAAAAUGGGGAAAAUUGAUAUUGAUUAUCAAAAGUUGCACGAUGCCUUUUUCAAAUGGCAAACAAAACCAAGAAUGACUAUACAUGGUGAUCUUUACUACGAGGGAAAAGAAUUCGAGACAAGAUUAAAAGAAAAGAAACCCGGUGAAUUGUCUGAUGAGCUACGGACUGCUUUAGGAAUGCCUAUUGGACCCAACUGUCACAAAGUACCUCCACCAUGGUUAAUUGCUAUGCAGCGUUACGGUCCACCCCCAAGCUAUCCAAAUCUUAAAAUUCCAGGUUUGAAUGCACCAAUUCCUGAAGGUUGUGCAUUCGGUUACCAUGCUGGUGGUUGGGGAAAGCCACCAGUUGACGAAGGUGGCCGUCCUCUCUAUGGUGACGUUUUUGGAAUAUCGCGCGCACCAGGAAGUGACGCUUUAGAUGAAGAUGUUGAUCGAGGACUUUGGGGAGAACCUGAAUCGGAAUCUUCUGGAGAUGAAGAUGAGGAUGAAGAAGAUGAAGGUGGCGAGUUGGAAGGUGAUGGAAAAGAAGGUGAAGGAGAAGUCAGUGGUUUGGUAACACCUGGUGCUGAGGGUCUCAUCACGCCUAGCGGUAUUGCUUCAAUUCCUGCAGGACUUGAAACUCCUGAAACAAUUGAAUUAAGAAAGAAAAAAAUUGAAAGUGAAAUGGAGGGUGGGGAUACACCAGCUCUUUAUACUGUUCUUCAGGAAAAGAGAACCGAAAAUCUGGGAAGUAGUAUGAUGGGUAGUACUCAUGUAUAUGAUAUGACAGGAGGUGGCGGUCAAGCACCUCCAUCAGUUAUGGCUGCAAGACGUGGAAUCAGUAGUGCGUCUGCUGAUGUCAGAGAAAAAGAUGGUACAAUAGAAUUAGCUCUUGAUCCCAGUGAAUUGGAUCUUGAUUCUGAAACUAUGGCUACUCGUUACGAAGAAUCAAUGCGGUCAAAACAUGCACAUAGGCGAGAAGAUUUAUCUGAUAUGUUACAAGAUCACGUUCAACGGCAGAAGAGUAAACGAAAACGUCAGCAAAACACGGACAGCAAAUCUUCGAAAAAAUACAAGGAAUUUAAAUUCUAAACACUAAAAAUGAUAAAUUUUAUUUUCAUUACAAUUUAUGUAACUAUAUACUUUUAAAAUUAUAGGUAAAAGAUGAUAAUAACGUAUUAAAUUAAAUAAAAUUAAUACUGUUUUAAAAGUAAAAAAACACGAAAGUUGAUACUUUUAGUUUAAGAAAUAUUUCUUGAUAAGAGCAGCAAGAUUCCAAAUAUUUCCAAUGCUUGUGUCGUUCUUUACAUUAAAUAUAUUUCUAAUAUUGCUC